AUGCGAAUACCUACGUCUGCAACUGAUAUAUGGAAAUCACUUCAUGGAAUUGUAUGUGUACACAAGCCUCGUGAUAUGUCGCUCAUUUCAUUAAAACGAUAUCUCAUUAGUAGAAUUUGUGAAAGUGCUAAUAGACGUUGCUUACCAAUAGAAAUACCAGAAAUUGAGAUGCCUAUCGUUGAACCUCAUCCGAUAUCACAAGCGCCUGUUGUUAUUGGUGUACGAAAACAACCAAAUUACGAUUUUCAUCCUCUUGUUGUUGGACGACCGUUCCGGAAAGAAGAUAUUCGAGUUGAAGAGCUUGAUUAUCAGCAAGCUGCAACUUCCGGUUUAUGCUUAUUGGGCAUUAAUGAUGGCUGUGAUAUGUUGGAAACCUUACGUGAUCGUGUUUGGGUGAAUGAAUAUGUUUUGAAAGGUCAGCUGGGUCGGGGAACAGUUCAAAAUAAGAUUCGUGGAAAAGUAAAUCGAGAGUGUGACUAUGAGCACAUUACCUAUCGGCAUAUGUCAAGAUUUUUGAUACGAUUACAAGCUCAUUACAAGAAGCUAGCAUUUAAAUUAGCGAAUGUGGAUUUGGAAAGCCAAGAAGCGUUUGAAUUAGCUCGAAAGGGUUUGCCUAGGCCUAAAGUACUUGGGGCUCCUGUAAUAUAUUUUAUUAAACUGGUAAAUUUUCAUUUGCCACAUUUCACGAUCAAUUUACAUUGUGUUUGCAAAGACGACGAUUUUUUACAAGACUUCAUUAAUGAAGUUGCAUUGUCUCUAGGUUCUGUGGCAUCGUGUCGCCAGUUACUACGAACACGGUUAGGACCAUUUGAUUGCAAGCAUUCAUUGUUGGAUAAGCAUUUCACGCUGAGAAAUAUUUUAAGAAACAUGCAACUUUGCCAAAAAAUCAUUGAAUACGAUGAGAAAACAUUGGAUAAAGAGAUUGUGAAGACCACGGGUCAGUUAGCUAUAGAAGAUGUAUUCGACGAUGAAUUUGUUGAAAUGCUUGAUGAAGAGAAAGAAAAUGAAUCUAUCGAGGACUGUUUACGGGUUCCCUGGGGCAGAACUUACGAUUAA